CAGACUUUGUUGCGUAAAGACGACGACGGCGUAGCGUACGACGUGUUGAACAAAGUUUUAUUCUUUGAUGUGAUUUUUCUCCUGCCUGAAGAGGUGAAUUUUCGAAAUAGUAGUCAGCGGAAAAAAAAACAAAAUAAUAUUCAAACGUUUAUAAAUAUCAAAAAUCAAAAGUUAAAAAUAACUAAUGAAUUAAAAAAAAACGAAAUAAAACAAUGACGACGCGUUAAAAUAUAAAAACAAAAAUUAAAUACACAAAUGACGAAAUAAUUAAGAAAAAUAUACCAAAUUGUUUUUUUCGUCGUUCUGCUAUUUUGGAAUUACAAAAACAAAACAAAAAGAAAGAAAUAAAUUCAAUAUUAAGUGGAAAACCCCCAAGUGAAAGGAAAAUCAUAUUCAAAAAAAAAAAAAAAAAGUCAUCAUCAACAUCCAAAAAGAAAUCAAAGAAGCAAAAUUCUAUUUUUAAAAACAAAUGAAAUCAACAGCAUUUAAAGCCAAAGAAGAAAUAUAUAUGGCAUAGUGGAUACAAACAACCAAACAACUACUAGUUUGGUGGGCCACAGAUUUUUGAAUAAAAGUGAAAUUAAAUUUCUUUUUAUUUGGUGCGGCAAUUCGCGGAAAGUCAACAGCGUCCAGAUAAAAACAAAAAAGAAAAACGCACGGAGAACAGUGUUUAGAAAAUAAAACAAAAAAAUGUCUACCAAGACAUCUUCCCUUAACGCGAGUGCUAAUAGUUCGCCCAACAGUCCAAUGAGUAAUUCGGGGAGCCAAGGGACUACCACACCAACCGUAGUAAAAAUUAAAAAGGAAUUACCCAGUGAUGAAAUUAAGGAAUUUGCUGAAAACACAAUGAACGAAUUGCUGGGUUGGUAUGGAUUCGAUAGUGUCGAUCGCCUGGACAUCUCUGCGAAAACAUCAAAACUGUUGCAAACUGCCGGUCUAAUCAAUGCCCAACAGCAGCAGCAUCAACAACACCAGAUGGAGCGGCGUCGUAGCCGAAGUAAUCGUGCAAAUGCUCUGAUGCAAAUCCAACAGCAGCAGCAACAACAACAAAAUGAUCAUUUACGUACAAGUCUGGCUGGUGGCAGUAGCGCCACUAAAAACAACCACAACAGUAUUGCUAAUAGCACCAGCAGCAACAACAACAACAAUACCACCACAUGCAGCAGCACCACCACCCGCAAUAAUUAUCGUGGCAAUGAUAGCACAGCCUCGGAUCAUGACACACGCAGCUCACGGGAUGAUGAUUCGAAAAGUCCACAUUCUACGGGUUUGCUAACAGCAGCGCCAUCUGCAUUUGAUGAAAAAUCAGAAAAUUGCUGUUGGUGCCGGCGUCCAGUGCCCGAAAAUGCUCCCGAAUUCUUGACCACCUCCGAUGGACCCCGCUAUUGCUCCGAAUCAUGUUUUACGCAAAGCCGCAGGGCCUCCUUUAAGAAGGCCAAAACCUGCGAUUGGUGCAAACACAUUCGUCAUGCCGUCAGCUAUGUGGAUUUUCAUGAUGGUGCUACCCAGCUACAGUUUUGCUCCGACAAAUGCCUAAAUCAAUAUAAAAUGCAAAUAUUUUGCAAAGAGACCCAGGCCCAUUUGGAUAUGAAUCCGCAUUUAAAGGAGCAGGGCCUGGAGGCGGCCAGCAAUGGUGCAAAUUUAAUAACACCUGAUUUGUGGUUGAAAAAUUGUCGCAGUCGCUCGGCCUCACCGGCAUCGACAGUGUCCACAUCGCCCAUACCCAGCAGUUGUGGCGGGAAUCUAGCAGAACGGCCAGUUAUGCGGCCAAACAGUCCCUUAAGUCCACCGGGCAAGCUUACGGCAGGUGGCAACAAUCCAACGCAACACUCAACAUCUGUUUCAGGAACCUACAAACCCUUGAUCUCAGUGGCUCCAGUCUCCAAAUUAAUGUCCAAAAGUCCGGGCAUAAUAGCAAGCGCACGCCAAUCCCCCAAACAUAAUCGCAAGAAAAGACCCCUAAAGGCGUGUCCAUCCACGGAAGUUUUGAAUAAUCGCCCAGAACCAAAGGCAGGUGCCAGUGGUAACAGUUGUCCCAGCCUCAAACCCAAAUCGUUGUUACCACCCCUGGCAGAGGCAACUCGUGGUGGCAGUUUAACUCAGAACCAGACACCCUCCCUGACUCAAUUUGCUGCCUCCUGUGUCCAAGAUUUACACAUGAAUGUGCCACCUUUGUCACCAAUGUUGGAAAGUCCUGCCGGAUCACAACCCAGCACGCCCCACAAUUUACCACCUCCUCCUGGGAUGGCAACAAAUGGUGGGGGGGGACGUAGUACCACCAUACCAACGGCUUUCUUUGCCACCCCACCCAAUUUGGGAACGGCAUCACAAGCGGGACCACUGCCUCCCCCACCCAUGGGAGCAGCAUUUCCACCACGACCUCCACCAUCAUUUAUGGCCACACCUGGUGGCCCCUGGCCAAGAUUUUUGGGUAAUUUCAUGGGUUUGCCACAGGCACCAAGUGUGAUACCACCCGAUUUGUCAGCAUUUAAUGCUUUAGUUGGUACCCCGCCUCCAGUGACCGUAAUGGUGCCAUAUCCUGUUAUUAUUCCCCUGCCCAUACCCAUACCAGUACCCCUGCCAGUGGUGGAUUUUUAUAAGGCCUAUAUGACAGCCGAGGAACGGCAAAAGUUCGAUGAGCAACAGAAUAUUAAAAAGGAAUCAGCGGCCGACAACUGUUCGGCAAAUGAUGAGCCUUUAGACUUUACCAAGACAAAGGAGUGCUGCCAAGAAAAUACCGAAAUACCAAAUGAAACAAGAAAAUCCAGCUUUUCCCCAGACGAAGCCACGGAGGAGACAAGAGAAGAACAGCCGGAAGAAGAACCCGAAACAUCUCAAACGAAUACGACCACAAAUUCUCCCAGCAAUGAAGAUGGGGUCGCAGCCUCCACAAUUCUACAUUGUGUCAUUAGCUCAGCCAGUCCACCAGAAAAAUCACGCAACCAGGAAGAAAACUCUCCCAGUGCCACUGGCCACACUCAGACGACGGAGGAGGUAAACGCCGAUGAUACAGCCAACGAAGAAAACAAUCAGAGGUUACCGAAAUUGAAAAUAACCCGAUUACAAACCAAACGAACUCUCAUACAAACCAAAGAAUCUGAAUGCUCAAGACCGUUGCGCAAGCGUAAACGCAUUAUAGACUGUGAUUUUCAAAAGAUCGCAACAACGAAGGAAUCAUUCGACGACGAAGACAAUGACGAUGAAACCCAUAAGAAUUGUGAACCGCCGAACAAUACACGAACGACGACUGAUGUGGAAAUAGUAAAGGGCCAACAGAAUAACAAAUAAUUGAUAAAUGCAAUCUAACCCAUCAAAACCCAACCCAACCAAUAAAAGCAAAAAAGCACUAAGUGCUUGAAAAAAGUAUUACCGAACAAUAGGGCAACAAAUAUAAUAGAAGUUUUCGAAUUUUGUAUUUUUAUGUAUGUUUAUUUAAGUAAAAAAAAGUGUAACAAAAUCCAUGCUGCUUUUAGUUUUUAUUUAAUUUUGUAGUUUUCUUUUUGUAAUUUAUGAAAUAAAUACGUAAUAAUUUUAA